CCGCGCUCCGUAGCGCCGCUCGCCGCGUGCUCGUGUACCCGCGCCCGCGCACCGGCCCGCGCCGCCUGCAGCGUCGUGACGCCGCCCACGCAACCAGAGUUGGGGUAAUCGAGCGAAGUGCGGGGCGCCCCCGGAGCCUGCGGGAGAGCCCGCGGCGCCAUGUCCGCGUCGCCGCCGCCCGCGUGCGAGGAGCGCGCGCGCACGCCCCGCGCGGCCGCGUCGCCGCCGUCCGCGCCGCGCUCGCCCGCGCGCGCGCACGCCGUGCUCGCCACCAUGACGCCCGUGCCCGCGCACGACUACUACCCGCACAAGGUGGAGAUGGACUCCGACGACGGCUACCCUCCCGAGGCGCACUCCUACCGGCACUCGCCGCACGAGCUCGCCGCCUACGCGCCCGACAGCAAGGUGCCCGUGCAGCCGGACGUCUACGACCAGGGCAUGGAGUCGAUGGACGAAAAGACUCCGAUAGAUCUCAUUUACGAAGAUGACAAAGAAACAGUCAUUUACACUACGACGCCGGAUCAGAAACGAGUCGAGAUGAUCAGUGGACAACUGGAGGAUGGACAGUUGGUGAGCGGAGCUGGGCAGCUGGUGGACGGGGGAGUGUCGGUGGUGGUAGGCGCGCCCGGGCAAGGGACUGUGCUCGUGCUAGCUGAUGAGCUCGGACAAGUCAUCACAAUACCCAGGAGACGCAAGGAAUUAAUGGAGGUCAGCGGUGAUUCCUGGCGAGCAUAUUACACGGGUGGGUCGGAGCACCCGCUGAGCGCAGCCACCUCCGCCGUGCUAGGCGUUGCUGACGAUGCUCAGCCCCAGCCCCUGGUCACUGAGUACUAUAAGCUGCCGCCGCUGGCACAGGAAUCGCACCUCAACCUGCACAAGGAAGUUUGGCAGGCCGGCGGAGCAGCCAAGGCGGCCAAUGGCGCGCACGGGGCGGAGCUGGGCGAGCUCUCAGGCCUGCUCCACGCGGGCCUCGUGAAGCGCGAGCCCGAGGACCUGAGCCGCAAGGUGGUCGACGAGCCCGAGCCGCACGCGCUCAAGCCGCCGCGACACAAGGUGGCGGUCGGCGAGCCCGGCGAAGCGGCGUCGCCGUCUCCGGCGCCGUCCCGGGCCUCCUCCGCCGGCUCGCUCCUGCCGGACGCGGCAAUGUACGCGGCGCAAAUGUUCGCGCCGCCCGGCACCCCCAGUCCGACGCCGUACGGCGACCAGUACUCGCGCCAGACGACGGCUUUCGCCGGCGAGCCCUACUACCGGGAGUACUUCGUCGGCGAAGGCUACCAGCAGAGAGCCGCACCGCCCUACAGCGACACCGAGUCGGCGUCCGCGUCGGCUUUCGGCGAUCGAUACUCGGCGCCCCGGUACCACAGCAAGAGCGUAAUCGCGGCCGCAGGACUCACCGUGGACUUGCCCUCGCCGGACAGCGGCAUCGGCGCGGACGCCGUCACGCCGCGCGACCACACCGCCGUGCAGCAGUCGUUCGAGUACACGGUAAUCUGCCAGCAGCCCGUGGGCGAGGACGGGCGCGGCACCCCCGCGGCGCACCACUCGCCCGCGCAGCCCCGCACGAGGCCUUGGCACGACUUCGGCCGGCAAAAUGACGCUGACAAGAUACAGAUCGCUAAAUUAUUUUCACCUUACGGAUUCAAGUACCACCUCGAGACAGCGAGCAGUAGUUCCCAAAGGCGCGAAGAUGACCGCAUUACUUAUAUCAAUAAGGGCCAGUUCUACGGCAUUACGCUAGAGUACAUCCACGAUCCUGACAAACCACUUAAGAAUCAAACUGUAAAGAGCGUCGUUAUGCUUAUGUUUCGAGAAGAAAAAUCACCAGAAGACGAAAUUAAGGCAUGGCAGUUCUGGCACGGGAGACAACAUUCAGUCAAACAAAGGAUACUGGACGCCGACACGAAGAACAGCAUCGGACUCGCCGGCUGCAUCGAGGAGGUGGCCCACAACGCCAUCGCCGUCUACUGGAACCCGCUGGAAAGCGCAGCAAAGAUCAAUAUCGCUGUUCAGUGUUUGAGUACGGACUUCAGCAGUCAAAAGGGAGUUAAGGGUUUACCACUCCAUAUACAAAUUGACACCUUCGAGGACCCCCGGGAUACACAAGUUUAUCACAGAGGAUAUUGUCAAAUCAAAGUGUUUUGUGACAAGGGUGCGGAAAGAAAAACGCGAGAUGAAGAAAGAAGAGCAGCGAAAAGAAAAAUGUCCGCCACGAAUAGGAAAAAGCUAGACGAAAUCUAUCACCCGGUGACGGAAAGAAGUGAAUUCUAUACGAUGGCUGACUUAACAAAACCGCCUGUCUUGUUCAGUCCUGCGGAAGACAUCGACAAGUUAGCAGGAAUGGAUAUACAGGGCUUCUACGGGCACGAUGAGACAGCUCUAGCCGAAGCUCACCUUAAGGGAGCCUCUCCCUUCCUUUUGCACGCGGCGAAACCCCAAGCACCAGCGUUGAAAUUCCACAACCAUUUCCCACCAGAUGCACCAGCGUACCGCUCCGAUGUAGGCGGUCUAUCACCUUACAGCGACAGGAAAGACUCGCUGGAGCUGGAAGUGGUGCUGGGCAAGCGCGCGCGCACGGCCACGCCGCCGCUCAGCGAGCGCGUCAUGCUGUACGUGCGCCAGGACACCGAGGACGUGUACACGCCGCUGCACGUCGUGCCGCCCACCACGCAGGGGCUGCUGCACGCGAUUGAGAAUAAGUACAAAAUUUCAAGUUCGGCAAUUAAUAAUCUUUAUCGAAAGAACAAGAAAGGGAUUACGGCCAAAAUUGACGAUGAGAUGCUGGCAUACUACUGCAACGAGGACCUAUUUCUUCUAGAAGUGCGGCCAGCUGGCUCCAGUGAAGACGAGCCCCUCUACGACAUCACCUUCGUCGAGUUGCCUCUUGAACACUAACGAUAGUGAAUCCGCAUUUCUUCUUAUCAUUUUAUGGAUAUGGUAAUUUUGCGCGGGCGUUAUUGUCUUUAAGAUCAGUCGUUUUAGAUUAAGUAUUUACAUGUCUAGAUAAACUCUCGUUUUAGAUAAGCAAAUCAUAAACACCAAUUGUUUUUGUACCUAACCUACUCAAUGACUACGUUUUAUAAAAUUGUGAAGUUGUCAGCUCAAUCACUAGAUACGUUUUUUGUUACUCUGUAUUAAGUAGAAUUAAUUCGGCGACAGUUUUAUCUAGACACGUAGGUUUAUAAUCCAAGUAGAUUGUAUUAUGAGUUGCAAUCCAUUAAAUAGGUAAUAUGGCUCGCGCUGAAUAUCGUUCACCACGCCUUAUUUAAUUAUCGUUUCACGUUUCAUAGUUUUUUAGAAUCACUUGUUUUAUAUUUAACGUGGUGGACGUGAAAAUUCCGUAACAUUCCAUUUUAUGUACGCUCAUUAUUAUUUAUAAAUAAGGUUGUCUCUAAAGUGUCGAUCUCAGAUUGAAAUUUACUAUUAAGGAACAUCACCGUUACGUUAAAUAUUGACUAAACCCAUGUCACAAAUCGUUUUUCGCCGCGUCAUAAACGGCGAUCAAGACCAUUUUGUAUAUAAUAAUAUUAUCUAUCUUUUAGUGCCUUAAGAAGUUGCAUGUCACGAAAUGGUGAUGGCUGAGGAAAAGUGAUUGUCGUAUUUGGUAGUGUGAACAUUGGUUUCUUCAACAAUGGUCCUGAAAAUUCUGUAAUACAAUGAAAAUAACUUGUUAAAGAACUGCAAUGAUCUACUGCUAAGUUUAAUUGUGUGUGCCAUUCACUCGGAUAUCAUACUAGAUAUAAUAUGUAGUUAUCGUUUUAACAGGUACCUUUAAAUCUUGCCAUGAUGAUAAAAUAAGAAAUUCUUGUCACAAAUGUAUUAUUGUGGAUAAAUGUCUACAGUAAAGAAAAAGUAAAGUGCCUUCGACAUAAUAAUUAAUUUUUAUCUUUUAAUGUAAGUGAGUUAAGUCAAAUUAAAUGCCAUCCACUUUGUUAAGUUUUAUAUAAGUAAAUAAGUUCGCUUUAUAAGCUCGCUCAAUUCAUUCAUCUAGUAAAGUUGAUAUUAGUUUUAAGCUGAGUCACAAUGCUGGUUCAAUUCUAUGAAAACUGUAACAUGACUAGAAAUUUCACACAUAGCUUAUGAACAGGCCUACGGGUAGGAUUUUAUAAAUGUUAAUUUCACUAUUAUAAUUUCUUUUAACCAAAUUCAUGUUAUCUUGAUGAAUUAUUAUAGGACGAAGCCUUCGGAAACUCUGGGAAUUGAUCAAUAAAAAUAAUAAAUAGAAUCAAUAAAAAUUUUAAAUGAGACACGAUCACUAUUUUGCAUAAUGUACCUACGAUACCAGCGCUGUCCUCGUCUAUAUCUACAUAGGCUCAAAAUAUAAUCAAGCAUUGGAACAACAUUUACAUUUUUUAUCCGCGGGAGUGGUUUGUGUACCUACCUACAAUUUUAGAAUCUUAAUAGAAUAGAUUUUAUAUACUUAUAUAUUUUAUGCUUACGAUACACAAGUUAUCGGGCCAUGACAACAUAGAAUGUGAAUAGAAUUACUGUUUGAGACGUAUUUAUAAGAUAAAUAAAACAUAAUCAAUUUUCGAACCGUGCCGAUUUUUUAAUAUUAAAUUCUGAUAAAAUCGCUCGGUUCAUUUUGUGUGAAUUGGUAUUAUCUGUCAACACAAAAAAUAUGUUAGGUUUCUCCACCGAUUAAUUCAAAAUUCAGAACCAGGUUCUGCUCCUUAAAAGGAUUGGUCGUAGACAAAGUCGCCCAUGAUAUUAAUUUAAGUGCUGUGCCUAGUGCGGACGGUUCGAUUAACUGCCAUAUUAUGACAUAGUUUAGAUUACUUGAUGAAUUUAGAGUUAGAAAUUUAAGUUUAGGUCAUUUUAUCGUCACACAUGUUGCAGGUAGGGAUCGAAUUUUUAUUAGGAUAACGCUUUUUAUACGUAUAUUGAUAUUUUCGUAUUUUAUGUAAUGUGUUGUUUUGUUUUCUCAAUAGAGCUGCGCCGUGACCCUCCGUCCGGUGCAAUUUCGAUAUCUUCCAUUAUGUUGAUGUUUUAAUCACUCGUUGAUGUCUUAUCACUUUAUUUUUAAGAAAUUUAGAAUCUCUAUUAUUAAUGUUAUUUUUAUGCAUUUCAUUGCUCAAAGUCUGCAUUUACUUCUGGAGUGGAGCGGACUCUAAGUACUUAUAUUUUAUAUACUUUUACAUAAACGUGUAACGACGUAAUGAUAUUUAUUUAUGUACUUAUGAUUAUAAAUUGUUCAGCUUUAAUGUUUACUCACAUUGAUGUUAGAUCGUGAUUCUGAAUCUCGUCAUAAGUCACAAACGUCAGUAGCAAUAAAAUACGUAAUUCAGUUUAGUAGUUAAUGGGCGUGUUCGCGGGGCGUCGCGCGUCGCCAGCCAGUGCGCCGGAGCGGGCGGCGUUGUUGUGCAAUGAUUAAGUUUAUCAGAGUAACUAUAGGACUUGUGUAUAUUGACGUGGACUAGAGCUGGGCUGGGCUGGGGGUAGGAGAAGAGACGCCGGGGCGCUGGCGACGAGCGCGCGCACUUUCUGCGCCUCGGGCUGGGCUGGGGGUAGACGAGCAGACGAUGCUGAGGAGAGGGCCGGGCGCUGGCGAUGAGCGUGCGCACGUUCUUCGCCUUGGUUUAGGCUGGGGUUAGGAGGGAGCGGCGCGCUGAGGAGACGCGGCGGCCACUGGCGACGAGCGCGCGCAUUUUCUGCGUCUCGUGGAUAUACGAGUAGUCACACUAGUUUUAUACACAGCCCGAAAAUGGUCAUUCCAUUUUCGUUAUUAAAUUUUAAUGUACUUAAUUUUAAAUCGAAUAGAUGUUACGUUAUUCUUUUAUAUGAAUAUUUGUAAGUUGUCAUAAAAAUAUUAUUAAUAUAAUUAUUUUUAUCAAAGUUUAUAAUCUAAAUAAAAAUGUUUUUCUUCAAAACAUAGAAUG